UGUCCACUAUUUGAACGCCACUCUCUCUCUUUUGCUUUCUCCUUCUGAUGACAAUCCUCUCUCUCUCGAAUCCAAUUUCUCCAGAUAAAAAACCUAAAUACCGUACUGCGCAUUUUAGCAAGAUAUGGUUCUUCUAGAGUGAAGAAGAAGAAGAAGAAGAAACUGAGUAAGACGUACAAAACUCUUAACUCUCUCUCUCUCCUUCGAUUCCUCUCCGUUUCUCACUGACCAUGGCCGAGCUACAGUCAGUAGAAGGUCACCAGAUUAACGGCGGAUUUAUCUCGCCGGCGAUAAUAACAUCCGCCGAAGCACCGGAAACAUCCGCCGCCGCCACAGUUUCAGUCGGAUCGAAACGAUUGAGAAGACCUAGCGUUAGGUUAGGAGACAUCGGCGGCGACCAGUACCACCACCAACACGUUGUCGCGGCUUACGAUUCGCCGCACGUGCGUCGGCCGAAAUGGAGGCCGAGUAGUGGUGGUGGUGGUGGGAACAGGAAGGAGCCGAGUAAUCAGAGUGGGAGGACGACGUCUUCGUCUAGGACGAGAGCUAUGACGAAUUUGAGCUCCGGUUACGAGAACGCCGGAACCCUAGAUGAAGAUCCGAUUGCGAUUGGGAGUUGGCGGGUUAAGAAAUGGGUCAAAUCAUCCGGUGGUGGAGAGACCGCGACCAUGACGACGACGACGACGAAUACCACAGCUUCAGCGAAGCGAGUUCGGUCUAAUUGGGCGGGGAGAAACGAUGGCGUAGAGCAAGGUGAUGAGAAACUGAGUGGAGAAGAAGAGGAAGAUGAUGAAGAAGAAGAAGAAGAAGAAGAAGAGGAAGAUGAAUUGGGAGAAGAAGGGUUUAGGGAUUUUAGCAGAGAAGAUUCGGAGAGUCCGAUGAAAGAACGAACGCAGGAGAAUAGGAGAAGGUACGAUGUUGAGUUGUCAGGAGAUUGGCAAAGCGGUGGGAGAGGAAGAGAAGGUGUUAAGAUAUGGUUACAAGAGUUAGGGUUAGGGAGGUAUUGGCCUAUGUUUGAGAUGCAUGAAGUUGAUGAACAAGUCUUACCGUUGUUGACUUUGGAGGAUCUUAAAGAUAUGGGGAUCAAUGCUGUUGGGUCGAGGAGGAAGAUGUAUUGUGCUAUUCAGAAGCUUGGGAGAGAGUUCUCGUGAACUGAAGAAGAGAUAAGCCAAGAGUUUUGGGGGGGUUUUUUUUUUUUUGUGUGUGACAGCCAUUGGCAAUGUAAGCUGCAAUGUCUGAAGCUCUUUUCUUCUUUUUCUUUUUUUUUUGUUGAUCUUUUGAUGUUUUUGUUUGAAUGUAACAAUUAGAGUUAGUUGUUGUAAUAGUAGAGGAAGAUGAUGAUGAUGAAGAAGAAGGAUGAUUAACUCGAUUGUGAUUGUA